AGUUUGCGCUGAAUUACCACACAGUGGUUACCAAAUGGAUUAUGCCAAAUUGAUCCUUUUUGACACCUUGUGGGCAGAGAUGCAGUGUGCGUGUGUGACUACCACUCCCCUUCUCAAGCACUAACCCAUAUAAGUCCAGCUCACCUCCACCACCCCAGAAUCACACCUCCACCAUGGCUCAGCCUGCUCUGUUCCGACCUCCUCUUUUGUCAAAGAGAACUAAUUGAGCCCUGUUGAGCCAUCACCCUCCACUCUGUGCCUGAUCCAACCGAGACUAACACACUUGGAGUUUUGUUCACCUGCCCUCCACCUAAAGCCCAUCCCUUCCUCUGUAUGUGUACCAUUCACUGUGCACUACUAACACCGACGAUCCUUUUUGUUAAAAGUAUUUAACAAAAAGCUGCAUGCUGUUUUUUUCCAACACAUUCACGUUCUGUUUGUGAAAGUUGAUGUCAAUCUCUUUGUGAUUAUAAAUAUCCUUUUUGUUUGGUUUGUAUGUUUUUUGGUAGAAUGCAGCACUCUGGUGAAUGUUAGUUAAGCUUGGAAUAGUUAUAAUCACAACAUAAAAACACUGCUUAUUAAGAAAUCUCAUUGUUUCCUUGUUUAUUUGUGCUUGAAGAUGUGCUGUAGUGUGUAGUGGUGGGAUGGUCUUGCAUUUCACUCAAUGUUUUUUUUCCUGCUGACUCAUACUAGUGAUAUAACAGUCUCAGACACAUGCACAUUUGGCCUCAAGUUUGCUAGAAAUUCCUGUUGUGUAUGUUCUCGCUCUCUCCAACCUCAUUGAAUCUUUAUCAGUUGCCUGAUCCUUUCCACAAAAAUAAGUUUUGUUAACUGCUUUAACUGCAUAUGCAUACUUUCUCAGUCCACUGUAAACAUAAUGAUCAAGCUGCCUUUGAUACAUUUAUACCUGCUAAAAACUAUCACAAAGCUUUGUAAAGGCAAUCUAGUUUUAGAGUUUAGAUAGUAAAGAUAUGGAUGAUCAAACUAGAUGUUUGAUAAUAGUAAGAAAAUGUAAAAAUGGUAGGGGCCAGACUAUUGAUAACAGACCAGAGAGGCAGGAGGUUGCUAAAGAAAUGCACAACAUCUAUUUCUAGUACAUCCAAUGGGGCCACAUGCACACAACGUCUCUUCUUGUUCACCUGCACACCCACAUACCCCCUCACACGUGCAUAUUCUGUCCACCCUGGGCCUUGUAAUGGUAAUCCAAGGCCCACAAGCUCCACUACUAUCUCUACCUCUCGCUGUAUUUUUUGUGACAGCUGCAUACGUUUCAUGGUGCUCCCCUUGUCAUGGUUACAGAAUCACAGCAAGCUUGGAGUUUCUGGUCUUUGUUUUGUUGAUGCAAGAUUUCCAUACCUGUUCUGUGUCACUUUUCUUUGUGUACUAAGAUCUUGCUCUGUAGUGGUUCAUAUAUGUAUGCGUGUGAUACAUAUAUAUUACCCUCUCCUUCCUCCUCCUCAGUUAGUGGAUGUGACUUGAUGUGUUAUCUUUAUCUUCCAAAACAAUAGAAAUACUCAUGCCCAAUUUAUUUGCCUUUUCAAAAAGGUUUUUAAACUGCACUCCUACUGAAACUGGGUGUCCUGUAGUUUACAGGCUACACAUAGCCUCAUGUAUCAUAGUGGAAGCUAUCCUUCCUAUCAGUCUCCUACACCUCUAUCUCCCAUGUCCUCCCACCUCCCCUACUGCCCUUACCACUCCUUGUGCUGGAAGACACUGAUGUUACACGCUGUAGGUGAUGUGGAAAACGAUAAUGAUGAUGGUAGUGGUGGUUGUGCUGAUGAUAGCGUGAUCUGAGUGUUUUCUUUAAUUUAUAUGUUUGUUUUUGUUUUUUUUACCAGUGCCCACGAGGGAAAAGCUUCUCUUAUUAUUGGAAUAUUUUUGGUUUUUUUCUCCUCUUCUCUCUGCUAGGAUAACAUCGGGCACCGGCUGCUUCAGAAACAUGGCUGGAAGUUGGGACAAGGCCUUGGCAAAACCAUGCAGGCGAUUUGAUCCUGCCCAUGUUGUGCUGAUGGUAAACUUAGUGGACGCACCGACCCUGUGCCCAUCGUGCUCAAAUAUGAUGUCAUGGGGAUGGGACGAAUGGAGAUGGAGUUGGAUUAUGCAGAGGAUGCCACAGAGAAGAGAAGAGUGCUGGAAGUGGAGAAGGAGGACACAGAAGAACUACGGCAGAAAUACAAGGACCAGGUGGAAAAGGAGAAAGCCAUUGCAAAGGCUCUUGAAGACCUGAGAGCAAAUUUUUACUGUGAGCUCUGUGACAAACAGUACACCAAACACCAGGAGUUUGACAACCACAUUAACUCCUAUGACCACGCUCACAAGCAGAGGCUGAAAGAGCUCAAGCAAAGAGAGUUUGCACGUAAUGUGUCAUCACGUUCCAGGAAAGGUGGGAAGAAGCAAGAAAAGAUGCUGCGCCGUUUGCAUGAGCUUGCUGAGCUGAGGAAACAACAGAACCGUACUCCAGGAAGUGGGCCCAUGUUCAAACCUACUACAGUCGCUGUAGACGGAGAAAAGGCAGAAGAUAGUGAUAACGUGACGCUUGAGAACCCAGCUCUGACGGAGAGUGUCCAGGAAGUAUCACUAACUGAUAGAAGUGAGCAAGCCUCCCCAAAGCCAGCAUCAACUAUCAGCUUCUCUUUUGGCAAGAACAGUGCCUCCUCCCCAACCUCCAGUGCUGCAUCCAAAGUAAGCGUGUCCUUCUCUUUUGCCAAGAAAGCCCCCAUGAAGCUGGAGACAGCAGCAGCAGUGUUUGCUGAUCACGGGGAGGAGACUAUGGAGGAAGAGGAGGGCCAAGAAGGAGAAAAGGCUCUAGUGCAGGAGGAGACAUCUGGCUGCAGCAUAGACAGCCCUAAGGAAGGAUCAGUGGGAGGUGAAGUAGGAGGAGAGGUCAGUAUUGUUGUAGCUACAGAAGAGGAGCAGCAGGCUGAUGAUGGAGCCUCUCUAGCCUCCACCCUAAACAAACUAAAGAUGAUGAUGAAAAAAGAGGAAGGAUAUGCUGGACAGGAGCCUGAGUACUAUCACUACAUACCUCCAGCCCACUGCCGGGUGAAGCCUCACUUCCAGUUUCUGCUUUUUAUGAAGGCCACUGAUCAGUGUCCGAGCAAAGAAGAGGAAGAUGAGGAAGAGGGGUCGGAGGAGAACAAGGAUGAAGACUGCGUGGGACAGACAGAGCCCAGUGUUACAGAGUGCAAGACUGAAAACAAGAUAACGUCACAAGAUAACGUCACCUCAACUCCUGAUCCAGAGCUAGCUCCGCCGUCUCCUAAAUUGAAGACAGAUGACUUGUCGUCAUGUGCAGCAGAUGCAGCUUCCAUUGCACCCACCUCCCCCGCACAAAAAACAGAGAGCACACAGGAUGCUGAAGAUUCAAGGUCUGGUCCUAAAAUCCCCACAGGUCCCUUCUUCCCAGUUCUGAGCAAAGAUGAGAGCACCACCCUGCAGUGGCCCUCUGAGCUUCUUGAAUUCACCAAAGCCCAACCUUCCCUGUCUUACAGCUGCAAUCCCCUCUACUUUGACUUCAAGCUGUCACGCAACAAAGGAGCGCGCGGUGGUAAAGCAGCAAAGUCCCCCAAGCCAUGUGAAGGGUCCGAGGACAAGGGCCAAGAGAUAACCACGUCCACAAAUGAAGCAGAUACAACUAAACCUGGGACCAGCACUGACAAAGACAAACCAAUGAUGAAGGGAGAGCCAGGCCAACCAGAAGGUGAUGAGCAAAAACCUGCAACAGGUAGCACUAAUGCCAAGAAGAAGAAGAAAAAGAAGAAGCAUAAGAAGUCCGCAAAGCACUCAAAGCGCAAAGAAAAAGAAAAAGGGACUAAAGAAGCAGCAGAGGGAGAGACUGAGGCAACACAGGAGAAGCCAAAAAAGAAGAAAAAACACAAACGGAAGAAGAACAAAAACAAGGCACCAGAUCAAGAUGAGGCAACAGGUGAUGAAAAAUCCAAACCAAAGUCAGAAGACAAAGCUGUUGCCUCUUCUGUUCAGCUGACAACUGGAGGGGGAGGGUCUACAGAAAAUACAGGAACAGAAACAGGGAAGAGGAAACGUCCUGCUAAGGAAGUGCCUUGUAAGUCUGGAGCUGAUGAAGGAGCAGCUGGUAAAGGCACUGAGAAGGUCAACUCCUCAGAGGAGCACAGCGGUACCAAGAAACAGAAGACUGACUCCAGUGCAUCUAAAAGUGCCUCCUGCUCUACCUCGGCCCAGAAGAGUCCCGGUCCUGGUCGACCUCCAAGCAGUGAGAGUGAAGAAGAAGGGGGUUCCAACACUCAGCGCUCACGUCAUCAUAGGUCAAGUCCUCGGGAACAACGGCGCCACCACAGUGAGGAAUCGCGGCGCUCCUGCAGCCGCUCCUCGAGACGUGGGGAAAGACGGGGCAGCAGUCAUGGUCGCCGCCGUGGCAAAAACUCCCGUAGUCACUCUUAUUCCAGCAGUUCUGAGCGCUCCUCAGCAGGCAGUAGUGCGUACAGCCACCGCAGCCGUAGCUACUCAGACAGCUACAGCGACUACAGUACAGAGGGUCGAAGACGGAGGCACUCCAAACGCUCAUCAGAUUCUGAAUAUGAGCGGAGGGGCAGUCGAGGGCGUAGACGAUCAAGGAGACACAAGUACUCCUCCUCCUCCUCUGAAGAGUCACGUUCACGUUCACACAGUUACAGCCGUAGGAAGAGGCACAGGCGGCACCACCGGAGCAGUUCCAGAAGCUCUAGCAGUUGGAGCCGCAGCACAAGUGCAAGAUCCUGGAGGCGCAGUUACAGUCGAAGCCGCAGCUCAGGUAGCCGCUCCUCUAGCUCCACCAAAGGCUCCCCUCGUCGAAGAGCCCCCCGUGGUCGAGCUGACAGUGACACACAGCGAAGAGACUUCAACCGCUCUCACAUCUACCGCUGCCAGUCUCCCCGCUCGUCUUCAUCGCGAGCCUUAAACCGCAACACACAUUCAUCAAGCUCACAUGGUCUAAGGUCAGGAGGGUCCCGAGACGCAGGGGAACAGAAAAACAGCCUUACUGCUCGCCAGCUAUUGGAGAAGGUUCAGUCUAAGAAAAGCUCUGAUGAUUCUUCCACAGGAACAAAAUCUGGAUCAAAGAUUAAGGACCCACCACUGGGCUACUUCGGUCCCAAACUACCCCCGACCUUGGGAAACAAAUCCAUGCUGCCACUCUUUGGAAAGCUACAGGCAGGGAAAAAGCCAUUGAUCCCCCUCACAAGACCAGAUGACGGGGACAAAUCAGGAGCAGGGAAGAGCUCUGAGGCUGAGCAAGAGGUUUUCCUAGUAGAGCCUAUUAGGGAGUUCCCCCCUCCACCACCACCUCCAGCUCCACCCAUUCAGAAGGUUGAGGAGGCCCCACAGACCGCAGUGGUUCAGGAAGAAAGUCAGCACCCCACCGCAGAAGCCCAAGUGCACGCAGAACCACGACCAUUGUAUGAACAGGAGCCUUCAAUGAUGUUACCCCAGUACCAAGGUGAACCAGGACAUGACCCUUCUCAGAACCCCAUGAUGGAGUCUCUCAUGCCAGAAAUGCAACAGCAGCAGCCACCAAUGCAUGCCUACCCUGCUUACCCACCACCAAGCCUGGAGGAGGACGGCAUGGAGGCCGAGGAGGAUGGACUGGCUCCUUUGGAGAGUCAGCCUAUUACAUUCACUCCAGAGGAGAUGGAGAAAUACAGCAAGCUUCAGCAGGCCGCACAGCAGCACAUCCAGCAGCAGCUAUUAGCUAAGCAGGUAAAGACGUUUCCCUCUGCCGCUGCUGCUGCAGCAGCUGCAGCAGCUGCUGCUAACUUGGCCCCAGCCCCCCCUCAACCCACCCUGCAGCAGAUCCACAUACAGCAGCCCACAGUGUCUAUGGCCUCAGGCACUUCCAUCACCACUGUGCAACACGCCAUCCUGCAGCAUCAUGCUGCCACUGCUGCAGCCAUGGGCAUACACCCAGGUCAUCCCCACCACCCACAUCCUGCACAUGCACAACUGGCCCAGGUACACCACAUUCCCCAGCACCACCUAACCCCCAUAUCCCUUUCUCCUUUGGGACACUCCCUCGGUCAUUCUCUGGGACACUCAUUAGGACAUGCUGGUUUGAUUCCUGCCCACCCGACGGCCUUCUUCUCUGGUCAACCCAUUCACAUUAUACCGGCUUCUGCACUUCACCACACCCCUCUUGCUCUGCACCAUGUUCCACAUGCCCUCUACCCCACACUCUUUGCCCAGCGGCCCUCACAGGCUGCUGCUGCAGCAGCAGCCCUCCAACUUCACCCACUGCUACAUCCAAUCUUUUCAGGGCAGGACCUCCAGCACCCACCUAACCAUGGCUCUUGAGAAACAUACCAAGUAAAGGAGUGUAGUCACAGCAUCCAAUCACUGGAAGAAAGACUUUUCAAGAACCAUCUUGGUUUAAAGAUGAAGUCUUUAUGACACCAUGCAGGCAUUGAGACAGGAAACUGUCAAUAAACCACCAUGUUACUGGCCUACACAGUGCAGCUAGUUUUGGCCACAAAGUGGUUCUGCCUGUGAUUGGACAAAAUUGUCACUGACUAUUUUUCUGCCUCAUAUGAGAUUUUUCUUUUCAUACUUUGCCCUGACUUUGUAAAACGGGGAGUAUAUUGAAAUAGACUUAAUCAAGAGGCUGGUUUAUAUUCCAGGUUCAGGUAUAUAGACACUGAAACUACUGGAUCCUUUUUCCACAUAAAAAUAUUACUCUCACUCUUUUUGGCAGCCAAAAAGAGGAAUACUGGCUCACAAAUGAAGCAGAAUCAUGUUAGGAGUAAGUAGUUUUGUUGUAACUGCUUGGAUUCUGUUACCUUCUGAAACAGACUAUUUCAUGAUUACGGAUACUCUGUUAAUGUUCUAAUAAGACUACUCGCUCUGUUGGACUCAUGGUCUAAAGUGAUUUGUUAUGAAGUAACUUGUACAUAUAUCAGUGUGUAAUGUGAAGAAUCCCACCAAUGAUGACCAUUUGAAACUAUAACUAUGGAGUCCAAAUCUUUACAACAUUGUCACAUAGGAUCCCCUCUGUAAGCAAGGGGCAAUGUGAUGUGAGGGGCAGGGGGGGGGUUCAACAUACCUUUCGCCCAGAGGCAAAGCUCAUGUUCCCUGUGGUGAAGGAACACCUGAAUGAAUUGCACUGAAAUAUGUACAUGGAAGUGGUGCAUUUGCAUCCUGUAACAAUAAGAUUGUAGUAUACUGCAAUAAUUGUAUUUUUCUGUUUUUAAAUUAUUUUCUAAAAUGCUCUUAUAAAGAAGAGCUGAGUUUUUGCUUUUGUGUAAUUUUGUAAAUAAAACUGCUCUAGAUUAACCUAUUAACAUUCUAGAGGUUGAGACUGGCAUUGGAAAAAAAAAAAAAAACAUAAUUAGAGGACAGACGUGUGUGUAUUUUAUGAAGGUUGUUAACAAAUGACCCUGGCUGGGCUGGCAAAAGAAAAAGAAUCAUCUGUCAAACAGUAGCAACUCUGUAUUUUUUAAACUUACUGUUUCAGCCAAUAAAAUCUUGAGUCCAUG